CCCCCCGUUCGCAGUCGCCGCGACGAGACACGGGUCUCAUUCUUACCGCGCGCCUCUGCAGCUACUUUACGGCCUUGUGAUCGCUCGUUGCUCAAUUUGUCUGGUUGCAUUCCCCAUCGAAUCGCCGCGAGUAUUUUGUCGACCGUCGCCCGCUGGAUCCUGUAGAGAGACACGACAUGGAGCCUGCCCGUGAAGCACCAUGGGCAGAGCACGAGAAGGUCUAUCUACUCGCCGAAGUACUCAAGGCCGCCCCGGUCCCCUCCCAUGUGCUGUUCGAUCUCAUUCGCAACUCCAACAUCCAGCCCCGAUGGAACGAGAUGGCUUUGCCGCAGGGUAAGUGCGACCCGGGCGCCACGGGGAAGGCGCAGGACGCGCGCCUUCCGUCUUUCCAGGCGGCCCCGACGACGGUAUCUGGCCGCUCGCUGCGUUCGUGUCAGAUGGCCUACGAUAACCUCGCCGCAACCUACUCCGCGGCAGACUACAGGCGCCCACCACUGCCCGCCCCGAUCAUGUACCCCGGCCCCGACAUGCCAAAGAAGCGCCCGCACCAGCCAGAGACUCCGCCCAUUGGCCGCCUGCUGCAGCCCCGACCGCCGCAGCCGUACGCGGGCGAAUACAUAGUCGGCCCAAAUCCCUACACCACCGCCGCUAUGUCGCCGGUGGGGGAGCCCGCGAGCAAGAAGAAGCGCGGCCGCCCCACGAAGGCGGAGGCCCAGCAGAAAGCGCAAGAGGCGGCCGCACGCGGAGAGGUCUAUCCCCCACCACGAAAAUCGAGGCCAUCAGUCACCGCAUCCGAACCAGCGCGAGGAGAGCGCUCAUCGCUGGGAUCAAUUGGGCAGAGUCCCCCGAGCGCCGUCCCUACCGCACCCGGCGGCGCCAUGACGCCGCAGCAGACCCAGCCAGAGCAGGGCCCCGAGUCAUCAUCAGGGAAAAAGAAGCGCGGCAAGCCGACUCCGCUGGAGCUGGAAAAGUCGCAGAGAGCACCAAGUGAAACGGAGUCUCCCCUCGCCUUUGGGUCGGCAGCAGACCCGAGCCGCAGCCAGGCCUACUCCUCCUUCACGCCCAUAUCCGCACCCUUGCCAUCAUCUACAGAGCCGAGGGACAGAGACAGAGACAGAGACGUGAGGAUGGAGGGAGUUGAAGAAUCCCAACCGCAACCCCGGACCACGACACCACACUCGUUUAAAGACACGGUCGGCAUAUAAGGCGUUUCCUUCGUCACAAAAGCACGAACGGCGGUAUCUGUGUUUUGAAAGCGUUCGUACGACUUUUUCACGCAGUCAUGACGACCAUUUUCAUGAUACCAUUAUGGAUCUUAUGGAGGUAUGCUCUGCAAG